AUGGAUUGGUCCCCCAACUCCUUCUCUCCAUCUUCGCCUCGAGCCCGCGCCUGGUCCGGAAGCCAUAUGGCCUUCGAUCCCUACGCUUCCUCCCUACCCUCAGAAUCUUCCCCAGUCUCCGCUCGUUACGCUGAGUACCCUCUUGUCCUUGGGUUGGGCAUUGCUCAUUGUGGAUUCGAAUCCCACCCUGGUCACUUGAGGCUCUGUCCUCCUUCCGAACCAUACACCACCCUCCCAACAACUGGCUGGUCCAUACCUUCCGAUCCUCUACAACAGGGACAAGAGCAUAACCUGGAGACUGGGCAAUAUCCGUCGACAACGACGACCACAACAUCAUCAUACGAACCCUAUCAUGAGAUCGCAUCCCCCCUCAGUCUGUACAGCGCCCAAACACUCAAUGCGUCGCCCAGCUACAGCUCUGUUAUGGAGCGGGGAGACCAUCACAGUGCCUUGUCAAGCCAGUCUUUUGGGUACUGGUCGACCACACCCCGCUCGGACAUCACUACGCCACCAGAGACUUUCAUCAAGGACGAGCACUGGAGUCCACCCGUGAUUCCUGAGGAUAGGAAUCCAUUCGAAACAUCGACAAUGAUGAUGAUGCCUAUGCCGCAGGUCGUCCUCAACGAUGGCCUUUCCGACCCACAGCUACCGGAACACACCAACACCACCAACAGUGACCGGUCAUUCGUUAAACAAGACCAGCAGAUCAAGAUUAAACAGGAGCCUCGAAAUACCCCCGAGACCCCUAAUACUGAACGACAACCCACACAAUCAUCCUCGGACACCGACAGAGACAAUACCAAAUCCCCUCCGGUAUUGAAACCACGCACGACCACCGUUCGCGCUACCAGCGGCCUUCAGUGCUCCAUUUGCGGGGCUUGGUUUACCCGGCGCUCCAACCGUCGCGAGCACGAGAAGAGACACGACCCAAGUCGCAAGAGCGUCUAUCAAUGUGAGUUGUGCGGUCGAACCUUCGGAAGGAAGACGGAUCGGAAGCGGCAUAUGGAGAGUAUUCACCAAGGACUACGGAAAUUCGGUUGUGACGGAUGCGGUCGUCGUUUCACGAGACACGACACGCUGUCGAGACACAGAACCGAUGGCUGCAGCCGAAAAGGCCCCAAACUCUCCAUAUGA